AUGACUUCUAACACUCCCCAGCUCUCAUCCUCGUCCCUACCACCUCUCAUGAUGUCUGCAAUUCCUCCUCCUGGGCUGGUGUCAGUCAAUACGCUAGAUAGUGUACCUGUUGCAGUUCCUGCAAGCGUAGGAAAAUCAAACUGCAGCACCAGUGUAAAUGCUCUUUCCGGGGAUAUCUGUGAAAACCACCCCUCCAGCCCUAUCCCCGCGAGUGAGGACCAAUCUCAUCUCCCCGCAGAAGUCUCCGCGUCGACUAUCUCAGCCCCGGCCCAGUCGGCAAUCCAAUUCGUGAACCUUCCAGUUGAGAUCCAUGAGAUUAUUCUGGAUCAUAUCUUUGGCAAAAGAGCCUCGGCUGGUAGCCAUACAGCACAUGGUGAAUCUUCUGCUCAAAACUGGAGCAAGGCUCUCCAUCAUCCGCGGCGAAAGGCCCUUUCCGACCUGGCAUUGACUUGCCGGGUAUGGACUGGACUUGUUCAAAGCCGAAUUUACCGCCAUAUCAGAAUCAAGGGCAACAGAGAUGAAUUGGCCCACUGUGUGCGGUGGUUCAAGAGAAACCCGCAUUUGAUCCCUCACGUCUGUCACAUUGAAAUUUGGAUGCCUAUCUGGGGAGAUCGGGUUCUUCGGCCAAUCAUUUCUCGCUUGGAUGCGGAACAACAUGUCGCUCGGACAGCUGCAGGUCAUGCUGUACCCACGCAGUGGGAUCAUGAUCACCACCGGGGAAAUGAGAUGUUUUAUUAUCACUGUGCAACCAACAACGCUUCCUUGGAGGAAAUCUUCGGGGUUAUUCGGCGCUUUUUCCCCGCUGCCCGAGUUCUCACUCUGGAGGGUGGCCACUGUAAGAACCCGCCUAUGGUCCAACAUUUCCGCCACAGUCGUGGCAUGUACAAUCUGCAGGCUCUUAUCCAACAGCGCCUACCUGUUCUUGAGCACAUCCAAACAUUCAUCAUGCGAGGUGCCUGGAACCUGAUGCGACAACUUGACGACUAG